GAGAUCUUGCCCCCAAUUUUCGAAAAGUAUCUCGGUUUUUCCGAGCCUAAACCACUCAGGAGGCGCUACGCUUCGCAAGAUGUUACCAAAUUCACACUAACGCCGACGGCAGUAUUCUACACACUGACUGAAGAGGAAAUUCGUCGGGAAAUCUACGCCCGCGAGAGGAAGCCCUACACAUCCGGUUUUCAACCCCUAAGUAGCCUGGAUUCCGCACUCAAGCGGGAGCUUCCACUGGGGGUGCUCAGCGCCGGCUUGUUGGCUGAUUUUGAUGAUAUGCCGCGGUUUGCAUGGUUACUGCCCACCAGCAAGAAGAAGUUGCGGUCUCCUAGAACCGAAGAGGGUACUUCUGCGCCAAUGUUGUGUUCUUUCCCAACCAGCAAAGAUCAGAUGUAUAUCGAGACGCUGAAGGAGUUUCCGAUCAUGGAGCCCACGGAAUGCCUGUUUGUCCUGGACCAGUGGAUGGCGGAUUGUGUAAAGGAAGCCGAGGAACGUGCCCUGCAGGAGGUGUCCGACGAAAAUGCUGCCCACACCUUACAGACAAAGAUUCUUGGGCCGAGGGAAGCGAGAAUUCGCGAGGACGUCGCAGACGUGAGGAAAUUUGAGUUGGAACAACAUCGCGAUCGAAUGUUGCGUCACAGAAUCGCCAUUGAGGAGGCAAUUGAAGAGGACAAGCAAAAGCUGCCAAUUUUGAAAAGUAUUCUGCAGAGCUUGGAGACCAAGAUCCGCCAUAUGUUUAAUCAGGAGGCCGUGUCUCUGAGCAGCCAUUCGAAUACGGAAAUGUAA